AUCUCGUGUCCUGGGGCCAGCUUUUCUUCGGCUUCUUCUAACUCAUCUUCUCCGUACGAGGUCUUCACACCCAUUUCUCGUCGUUCCACGCCUAACGAUCUCAGACUGGAGUUUGACGGCUACCAGUCAUAUAGCAGCCAAGGGGACCUCACACCGCCUACCAUCAUGCCUAAGUACAUGUUUGGUCCCGUGAAAGCGGAGCAUGACCGUAUGUCUUUCUCUUCCACUGACGGAACUCUUCCCCCUUCGACUCCUCUGAGAAAAAUGAGCGACAUCAUGCCCUACGACCACAUCCUCGACAUGAACAACAUGGCCUCACACUCAAUCGGUUCCAUCACCCCUUCCGGGCCAGUGGUCUACACUGAAGCACCUCUACAGCCCGCUCCCUACAUCAUGGCACCUACACACAGCAUCUCUCCCUCAGAGAUGACAGACAGUGUACCUUCGUGGCCGUGCAACAAUGACAGCCCAAUCUCUUUCUUCAGGCAAAAGGUGCAGUCACCACAUGAUGAAGCUAUGGACCUUCAUCGAUACUCCCAAUCCCCCAUGGGAAGAUAUUAUCUUCAUGGACAGCCAGUGUCUCCCAACAGGGUAUCAGGUGCGCGGACACCAGUGCACGCUCUGGUUCGUACCCGCAUGAAGACAGCAGCCCUUGAGCGCCAGAUGGGUGUUCCAAGAAAGGUGCCCGAGAAGCAGUCUCACGACAACUCAUAUGAUGUUGUACGCAAGGCCAUGUGCAAGUGUGAUUAUCCCAACUGCCAAAAGGCAUUCAGAAGGAACGAGCAUCUCAAGCGUCACAAGCAAACAUUCCAUGGAGAAGGUCCCAACCGAUUCUCCUGUGAGUUUUGUGGAAAGGACCAGUUCAACCGUCAAGAUAACCUCAACAACCACCGCAAACUACACGCUCGUCCAAACAGCCGCAACCGUGGGGUUGAGUUUAUCCCUGCCGCGGUGCCUGUCAUUGAGCAAGAGGAGCGAAGCCGCAAGAGGCGAGCACCUCCCAAGUCAAGACUCGCCGCAAAUGGGGCGCCAGCGGGCGAGAAGCGUGGCAGCCCCUACUGA